AUGAGGAUAGAAGGAGAAAAAGGUGUGAAAACACAAUCCGCGCCAAAACAUUGGCCGCGGACGCGCAAAAGAGAAUUUUGGCCGAGCAAUUCCAAUCUGGCCGACCGUUACGGUCGAGCCGGGAAGGAAGCGUGCUCGGCCGGAUUCACUCUAUCGCGCGACAAAACCGUUCGCGCGCACGCACGAACCGGGAAAGAAAGGCCGCGAUCGGCCGAUUUUGUAUCGGAACGGACCGACCGUGCCGGUCGAUCCGGGAAACAAACGCUCGGCCUCGGCCGAAAUCUCUCGCCAAACAAAUUUGGCCGACCAAAUCGCUCGACCGCGAAAAUCCAUCGGCCAUCGGCCCAAACUUUUCUCGGCCAAGGUAAGUCCCCUUUUCAUUUAAUUCAAACCGGUUUUAACCAAUCUAAACCAACUUAA